CGCUUUUUCUCUUGAAGGCGUUUGCGAACCCACUUGUGGCUCAACCGGUGAGCUGCUGGAGUGCCCGGAUGCUUCUAAUCCCAGCGAACUGGGUGUGUACUCCUAUGCACAGGAUUUACUGUGGGUCUGUUGGGUUGUGGAACCUUUGUGCUAUAUGUUUCACUGGGCUUUUUUUCUCUUGUACCUUCCCAUUCCCGCAAUGGCAUUGUACCAAGUCUGGGCUUUUAUUGGCCCAUUGUUGCUGCGCCGUCAGCCCUCCGCCGAUGAGAGCUCGGAGGGGGCUGCAAUUCCGCGUAACCGUGCGGAACGCCGAAGACAAGAGCUCCUGCAACGCAAGAAAAACACGAAGUAA